AUGGCAAAGAAAAAAUCAAAGAAUAACGGUGCCAAAAAGCAGGUAAAUGGUGAAGUGGAAACCGUGAAACAAGAGAGUGUGGAACGAAAAGAGGAGAUUGAAACUAGCCAUCAUGAGGAAGACAGAGACAACGAUGACAAUAGUAGCUCUGACCCAGUGGCUCAUAAAGAAGAUGAUAGUUCAAGGGAGCAGAUAGAACAAUUGCAAAAAGAGCUCGAAAGUUUGAAGCUAGAGCUUUCGAACAAAGAGGACACUCUGUCCAAGAUAACAAGUGAAAAGGAUGAAGAGAUAAACAAGCUUAAAACACAGAUUCAGAACGACCAAUCCAAAGAAUCAGCAAGAGACCCUGAACUGAAUGAUAUCAAGCAGCAAUUGGCCAUGAAGACGGAAGAAAGCAAUAAAUACAAAGCAAGUUAUGAUUCAUUGCUAAGCAGAUUGUCCCAAAUGAAAUCUGUGUUCAGCAAGAUGAAGGAAGCUGAGUCCAAAUUUGAGGCGGUGGAAGCUGAAAAUGGGCAUUUGAAAUCACAGUUGCAAAGCUCAACCUCCAAGUUAUCAAGUCUGGAAUCUAAUAUGUCCGAACUGAAGGCAGAGGUGCUGAACUUAAAUUCUGAAUGUGAUAAAUUGACUGCAAAAAAUUCUGAGCUGAAGCAAAAAUUAGAUAGCCAAGACUUUGAGCUGGAGAACGAAUCCAAACAACUAGAAGUGGAGAAUAAAAAACUGAAAAGGGAGCUCAAAGAAGCGAAAUCCGAUCUUGAGGAGUAUUUGAUUCUGAUUCAGGAAGAGAAGAUGUCAAAAACGAACAUGAACCAGGAGCUAAGUGACGCUAAAUCAAAAAUGGAUACUAUUGUGAGAGAGAGAAAAGAAUGGGAAAAGAAAUGCCAACAAAGCUCACAAGAAGUUACCAGUCUGAAGGAGACAAUUGUACAAUUAAAGAAAAACAGCGAAGAUGUCGUAAACAGUUUUGAGUCACAGCUGAAAAGCAAAUCGGCCCAAUUCAAUGAGCUAGUUAACGAAAUAAAUGAGUUGAAGGAAUCAACUGCAGACAAAGAUGCCAAGCUAGAAACAUUGAAAGGAUUGGAGAAUGAUCUUAAGGAAAAGCAAUUAUUAAUUGGCAAAUUGAGACAUGAAACAAUUAUACUUAAUGAACAUUUAACAAAAGCCAUGAAGCUCAUAAAGAGGGAGUCUGGUAAAGAAACUGUGGACAGAGAAUUGGUUUCUAACUUGUUCAUUAGUUUUCUACAGAUCCCUAGAGGAGAUACCAAAAAGUUUGAGGUUCUCCGACUCAUUGCCAACUUCCUCAACUGGGAUGAUGAGAAAAAGAGACAUGCAGGCUUGAUCUCUUCUGCAAACUACAGGUCAAACUCCAACAGUGUUGUUGAGGUGCCACAUCCUGGACGUCAUGCUUCCCAAUCGCAUGGCGACUCCUUCGUCUCUCUUUGGACAGAAUUCUUAGAGAAAGAAUCCACUCCAAGAGAGGAUGUUGUAUAG